AUGGCCGACUCACCCAGCCCAGCUCCAGCUGGCGCUGCCAACGACGAGCAGACCACCACCACCCCUCAAGCCCCCGAGACGAAGGUCGAGCCCUCGUCCGCAAAUGGAGAACGGCCUGGCGACAAGAGCUUCUCGCCCCCUUCGCUCGAACGACAGCUCACCAUCAACGACCCCAGCGUGCACACGUGCUUCAUCUGCCUCUUGAACUCGAAGGAGACGCCGGACUCAAUAUGGGUCAACCCUUGCCCCUGCACCCUCGAAGCACACGAGGAUUGCCUGCUGCGAUGGGCGGCCGAGAGCGAAGCCUCCCAGGGCAAGAAGAAGCUGCGAUGCCCGGCCUGCAACGGCCGCAUCCAGGUUAUCGAACCUUCUGACGCGUUCCUCAAGUUCCGCGACCGCCUGCAUAGGGCCUACAGCAGGUUCUCGCCUACCGCCCUCGCAUCCAUUGUCAGCGCUGCUAGCGUUGUGGGCUCGGCGUCGUAUGGCUUCUGGGUCAUGUCCGUGUUUGCGGGACAGCACCGCACCGUCCGGUGGCUCGUCCCCGAUAUCCCCUCCGAUGGGUCCUUCACCUUGGCGCGCCGGACCCUCAUGGCGUCAAAGAUAUUCCUCCUCAACCUGAUCGCGCCGGGUCUGCUUAUCAACCGUGCUCUCCCAAGCUUGGCCAGCAUGCUGAUGAUCCCCAACACCACCCUCUACGGGGGAUAUCUGGUCAUGCAGAAUAGAAUGCCGGAAUGGCCUCCAUCCCCCCAGUGGGUGAUUAUUCUGAUGCCCUUUGUCAGCCUCACCUACAAUAACCUUUGGUAUGAGAUAUUCGGGCCCCUUAAUAGGAGGCUGAACCGGGUCCUGCGCGGCCGUCCUGCGCAUGAAGAAGCAGCUCAGCCCGGCGAUGCAGCUGAAGGCGGCAAUGCCAACGCUGUCCCUGCUCCUGACGAUGAUGACGCUGACGUUGGCGUCUUUGGAGCCGUUUGGAGGCUCGGUAAUGCUGUCCUCGGUCUGUUUGGAGAGGAGGAGCUUGUGAUUGAGGUUGACGCUAGAAUCGGCGGUGGUGAUGACGCCGCUCCCGCUCCAGCUCCCGCUCCCGCCCCUAACCAGGCGGCGAUUGAUGCUGCGGGACUCCAGGCUGCUGCCGGCCAGCUUGAGGCCGUUGCCGAUGAGCUGGAAGCCGCGGCUAACCAGCUGCAGAUUGCAGUCGACGAAGAUGAUCCUCAAGCAGGGCAACGUGAGCUCCCGGCCGCUCGACAGGGUGAUGCGGCUCCGGCUCCCGAUGUCCCACAGGCGGCUGGUGCCGAGAACCAGGAGCUUAACGAUCCCGCCGCGGUCGCCGGCGAGCUCCAACCCGGCGACGAGAACCGCUCCACCUUUGCCGAUCUGUUCAACGCGUCUGCCUCCGCUCUCCUAUUCCCCGUCGUCUCGGCCGGGAUCGGCCAGGUGCUGCGGUACGCCUUGCCUUAUAGCUGGACGACGAGCCCUUGGAACCGGAGGCCGACGGGCCUGCUCCAGCAGCGGUGGGGACGGAGCCUUGUGGGCGGAUGUCUGUUUGUUGUGGUGAAGGACCUGGUCAACCUGUAUACCAAGUACAGGAGAGUCCAGGUCCGCACACACCGCAAGAUCAAGAACGUCACUAGACGGAGAGAUAAUGGUACUCGUGGCGCAACGGCUUGA